AUGCCCGGUUGCGAAGUCCUUAGGUCCCUGAGACUGCUGUCACGCAGUUCAGGUGGUCUUUUGUCCGGAUCCGAGAAUGUCACACGACGAUGCCUUUCUCGAUCCAUGGCCACAGAAGCCCAAGUCAAUGCCUCCGCUUCCGACCUCACCCGCUCCUCGCCCGCUCCCUGGGACCUCCCUGUCUCAGUCAUGACCUACAACUUCCCUUCUAUGGAGCCCGCUAGCUUGGUGGAAUACUCCCAAAAACAACUUCAGAUGCCAAUGCGCAAAGACAUUCUUCACCGCGCAAUUGUAUACGAGGGUGACAUGACCCGACAGGGUACCGCCAGCACCAAAUGGAGGGACGACGUGGCCGGUAGCCACAGGAAACUCAUUACACAGAAGGGUUCGGGACGUGCUCGUGUGGGUGACAAGCAGUCACCAAUCCGAAGGGGUGGUGGUGUUGCCCACGGUCCUCAUCCCCGCGAUUUUUCGACCGAUUUGCCCGCCAAAGUUUACGAUCAAGCCUGGCGCACAGCUCUUAGCUACCGGUUCUCGCGCGGAGAAUUGAUCGUCAUUGACAACACUAUUUCUCUCCCCCGGGAUUCGACACCACACUUGCUGCAAAACAUUCUCCUGCAAAACGGCUGGAGUACCAAGAAAGGCCGAUCGACAUUUAUCACAGAGAAGGUGAACGAAGAGUUGUUUGACAAGGUGUCGAAGCUGCACCGCUUUGCGACUAUUAUGGACCGCAGUGAUGUGGAUGUCAAGAAUCUGCUGGAGACUUCUCGUUUGAUUAUUGAGAAGACCGCAUUGAACAAGAUCCUGAAGGAGCACUCACGGGAUUUGUUGAGCCGCCCGGCGAAGGCAACCUACGUUUGA